CCCUCCUUGUAAAAAAAAAAAAAUCAUAAAAAUGGUGGUUUAUAUAAUAUUCUAAAUUUUGUGUUUUCUCUUUUAAAAAAUUUUCUUUUUUUUUAAACAAUAUUUAAUUGGCAUACCUUAACUCUUUUGGGUUGGUUAGUACUUAGUAUCAGUCAGUUUCCUCUGCAACCUGCUACAUCAUUUGGGAGUUUGAAGCAAGAUUUUCUGUUUCAGUGACUUAAUUUAACAAUAAUUUGACAUUUUAGUUAAGGGGAGGAGAAGAUGGACUACAUGAAUGGGCCAGGGAGACAUCAUCUCUUUGUUCCGGGACCUGUCAAUAUCCCGGAACCUGUCAUUAGAGCCAUGAAUCGAAACAACGAAGAUUAUCGUGCACCUGCGAUUCCAGCACUGACAAAAUCACUUCUUGAAGAUGUCAAGAAAAUUUUCAAAACUACCACAGGAACCCCAUUUAUGAUCCCCACUACAGGUACUGGUGCAUGGGAAAGUGCACUGACAAACACUUUAUCUCCUGGAGACCGAACUAUAUCCUUCCUGAUCGGGCAAUUCAGCUUGCUCUGGAUUGAUCAGCAGAAACGCCUUGGCUUCGAUGUUGAUGUCAUAGAGAGUGAGUGGGGUUAUGGUGCCAACCUUGAAGCCAUGGCAUCAAAACUGGCAGCUGAUACUGCACACAAAAUCAAGGCUAUCUGCAUUGUCCAUAAUGAGACUGCAACUGGAGUUACCAACAAUCUGGCCACUGUCAGGAAGAUUUUGGACCACUACAACCACCCUGCACUCUUUCUUGUUGAUGGAGUGUCCUCGAUCUGUGCUCUAGAUUUCCGCAUGGAUGAGUGGGGAGUAGAUGUUGCCUUGACUGGGUCUCAGAAGGCUCUUUCUCUUCCGACUGGGAUGGGUAUUGUUUGUGCAAGCCCCAAAGCUCUAGAGGCAAGCAAGACAGCCAAAUCUGUCAGAGUUUUCUUUGAUUGGAACGAUUACUUGAAGUUUUACAAGGCAGGAAGUUACUGGCCUUACACUCCAUCCAUCCAACUCCUCUAUGGUCUCAAAGCUGCUUUGGAACUGAUUUUUGAGGAAGGCCUUGACAAUGUCAUUGCAAGGCAUAGCCGCAUGGGAAAAGCAACCAGACUUGCAGUAGAGGCUUGGGGUUUAAAGAACUGUACACAAAAAGAAGAAUGGUUCAGUGACACCGUGACUGCUGUGGUCGUUCCUCCCCACAUUAACAGCAAUCAAAUUGUGAAGAGAGCAUGGGAGAGAUAUAAUAUGAGCUUGGGCCUUGGUCUUAACAAAGUAGCUGGAAAGGUUUUCAGAAUAGGGCAUCUAGGUCACUUGAAUGAGUUGCAACUGCUUGGUUGUUUGGCUGGGGUGGAGAUGAUACUUAAGGAUGUGGGUUACCCUGUAAAGCUGGGUAGCGGAGUUGCAGCAGCCGCUGCAUACCUGCAGAACAGCACACCGAUGAUCCCUUCUAGGAUCUGAAGCUAAAUCUUGUUUCAUUUCCUUGUAAUUAUCCUUGUUUAUUGGUAUACUCCUGUAAAAAAUAAUGUGUAAUAUUUGCCUUCUUCCUGCCUGUACUCUUUUAAGGCUUCUUUGGACAUUGACAGCCAUUCGCUUCUCAUAUCAUGAAACCCAGUAUUUUUUAGUAACUGAAAUCAUAUUAUUGUACUUGAAA